CAUUAUCUGUUUGUUUACAAACAAGUGUUGUGUAUUUCCUUUCAAAUCAUAUUAAAAUAGUCACAUUUAAAUAAUGAGUGAGUUUAUGAACAAAUAUGAAACUAAAAGCUCUGCAUUGGAUGAGGAGUUCGGCAAUUUCAUGGUGAAGGUAGAAGAAGUAAAAAGACUCAUGGAGGGGUUAACCUCAAAAGACAAAUCCAUUGCAAAAGACACUCUAAAUAUGGUUGAUAACUAUUUAGGCAAUCCCGAUAAGCUUUUGGAAGAAAUCAACGAAGAUUCUUUACGGGUGAAAACCAACAAGACUGUAAUCAAUCAAAGAGCUUUUGAUGAAAUGACAACCGACCUGCAAACCCAAAGUCCCGAGGCAUUUAUGAAAAGUUGCGAAGAAGAUGCAAAAAGAAGAGCAGAAGAAAGAAGACUCUCUAAAGAGUCAUCAGACACUCUGAAGAAACAAGGAGAGAAAGCUUUCAAGUCCGGAGAGUUUGAAAAAGCGCUGUCAUUCUACAACAAAGCAAUUGAUGAGUUCCGUCAAAGUGCUCAUUUAUAUCUCUGUCGAGCGUUGACCUGUCUGAAGCUAAGAUUGUUCAAGAAGACAAUCGAAGAUUGUGACUUGGUCAUUCGAUGUUUUGACGAAAAGAGUCUGAAAGCUCUUCUUUACAAGGCUAAAGCUCAUAAAGCGCUCGGAGAAGAAGACAUAGCUCGUGAGUGUGUACAGAAGGCAAUUGAAAACCAUCCAAAAUCUGAGGAAGACAUUGUUGAAUAUGUUGAAGGAUAGAAUAAACGUGAGUAUAGAGCAUCUGUGUUUUUUUCCUUAAUGGUUUGGACUGCUUAUUUAACAAAUUUGUUGUUGUUUUCAUAAGUAGAAGAUGUCUAUGUUCGCAAGAAUUUAUUGUAUCCUUUAUAAACUUAUUGUUUCUAUAGUUAAGAGUUCAUAUUAAAGUACAGUUCCAUUUAGAGUACCCUAUUAUGAACACGCAUUUUAACAAUACCGUGGUUCCCUAGGAGGAUAAUUUAAACCCU